CCUCAUGCGCGUUCUGCUCGCCAGCCCCCGUGGGUUCUGCGCCGGCGUCAACAUGGCGAUCGACUCGCUCGAGCUCGCCCUCAAGGCCUUCGGCGCCCCGAUCUACGUCUAUCACGAGAUCGUCCACAACCGGCACGUCGUCGAGCAUUUUCGAUCCAAGGGCGUGGUGUUCCUCGAUUCGCUCGAAGACGCUCCCGUCGGCUCGACGCUGCUCUUCAGCGCGCACGGCGUCUCGCCCGAGGUCCGUGCGAAGGCCAAGGCCCGUGAGCUGACGGCAAUCGACGCCACUUGCCCGCUGGUGACGAAGGUCCACCUCGAAGCGAUCAAGUACGCCAAAGAGGGCCGCACGAUCGUGCUGAUCGGCCACCAGGGGCACGACGAGGUCAUCGGCACCAUGGGCGAGGCGCCCGAGGCGAUCUUGCUCGUCGAGUCGCCCGAGGAUGUGGACGCUCUGGAGGUCGCCAACCCCGACCACAUGGCCUACCUCACGCAGACGACGCUCAGCGUCGAUGACACGAGCCGCAUCAUCGCCCGGCUCCGUGAACGGUUCCCGCAGAUCGCCGGCCCCGCCAAGAGCGACAUCUGCUACGCGACGCAGAACCGCCAAGAAGCCGUCGCCAAGCUCUCCACCGAAGCCGACGUAACGCUCGUCCUCGGCAGCCAGAACAGCAGCAACAGCCAGCGGCUAGCCGAACUCUCCAAAGAACGCGGCGUAGCGGCCUACCUCGUCGAUGGCCCCCAAGACGUGCAGCCCGAGUGGCUCGAAGGCGCCGAAACGGUCCUCGUCACCGCCGGCGCCAGCGCUCCAGAGACCGUGGUCGACGCGAUGCUCGACUACCUCAAAGAAACCUUCGGCGCGACGGUCGAGCCGCGGCUCGUGCGUGAAGAGAGCGUGUCAUUCCCGCUGCCGAAAGAACUGCGGCAACUGGCUUCGUCUUAG